AUGUCAAAUGCCAAGGUUAAAGUCAUAAGAACCCAUGAGGGACACCUGUUAGAGCUUGUGGAUGAAGAUGUUCAGUCAGUUAAUGCAUUCAAGACGAGGCUCAAGCUCAAUCAAGAUGAGUAUAGCUUGAAUGACACCCAAGAUACUGAACACAUUGCAAAAAAACGCAAGCCCCAAAAUGAUGUGGAGGUGAGUUCACUUACUACAGAUAUCGGUUCUACAGCCCAAGAACCAUCCUCAGUGAGCGUAGAUGAAUUCAGGCAGUACCAUCAGGCCAAAAGCAGAGUGCGAGAAUUCUAUCGAGAACAGCACGAGAAGCAGACCAUGGCAUUCAACUUACAAGCCCGGGUGAAUUUCAAGACGAAAUCAAGAGCUCGAAUGACAAUAUGGGAAGCACUUUGUAAGUUGAGCAUGCUGAUUGAUGACUCUGAUCCGGACACUGAGCUGUCACAAAUAGAUCAUGCACUGCAAACAGCAGAAGCAAUACGAGCGGAUGGUAAACCGCGAUGGAUGCAGCUUGUCGGACUUGUCCAUGAUCUGGGCAAAAUCCUCUAUUUUUUUGACAGCGAAGGUCAAUGGGAUGUUGUUGGAGAUACCUUUCCAAUAGGUUGUAAAUUUGUUGAUCAAAUCAUAUUUCAUGGGUUUUUCAAGGGGAAUCCAGAUGAUUCGCAUCCUAUUUAUUCUUCAGAAUUGGGCAUUUACGAAGAAAGUUGUGGACUCAGUUCUGUCAUGAUUUCGUGGGGACAUGACGAAUACAUGUAUUAUAUUGCCAAAAGUCAAUCCAAUCUGAAUGAAAAAGCCCUCGCCAUGAUAAGAUAUCAUUCGUUCUAUCCCUGGCACAGAGAAGGCGCUUAUUCUUAUCUAAUGAAUAAAAAGGACCAUGAGAUGUUGAAGGAGGUUCAAGAAUUCAAUAAGUAUGACUUAUACUCUAAAAGUCUAAAAAGGUACGAUAUGAAAGAACUUCAGCCAUAUUACCUUGAUCUGAUAGACGAAUUUUUCCCUGAAAAGUACGUUGAGUUUUGA